UUCCGGCGUCUUCCUCACGGCGGACAUCUUGUCGGCUUUUGGUAGGACCCUGGGAGCAGAGGCGUGUGAGCUGUGGUUUGGUUGUGAGGUGACGGAAGCGGGAAGGCGAGGGAGGAGUCUCGUCCCCACUGCAAAGAGACGCGGCGGUGGCAGCGCCCGAGAAGACCUGGGUCUGGACCUGGGAUCCACACGGCUCCGCACGGUCCAGACUGUGAUGGCGGCGGCCGCGGGGAUGGGCCCAGUGUAGCAGCCCUGUUUAGGUGGGUACCACUAUUAUUGCCGCUUUACAGAUGAAGAUACUGAGACACAGAUCUUUGUUCAUGGUCACACUGCUGAUAAGAGGCAUCACUAUGGCUGUUGGCGUGGAGCAGAGGUUGAAGAGGUACCGUCUGAGCAGAGCUUUUUUAUAGAAAUCAUACCUCCAGGACAGGUUCAUCGACUCAAAUGGCUCAUCCUUGUGACAUAUGUGACCCCAUCUUGCAAGAUAUUUUGCACAUGGAUGAACACCAGGAAACACGCCAUAAACUGAAACCUUACACAUGUGAGGCAUGUGGGAGAGAAUUCUUAUUCAGCAUAAACUUGCACCAGCACCAGAAGCACUACAAUGCAGAGAAAUCCUUAAGAAGGAACAAAGAUAAGACCUCAUUUGUGAAAAACUGUAGAGUUUGUGAAGAACCUCAUUUGUCAGAGAAGCCCUUCACAUGUGAGGAGGAGCAGAAACAGGCAGGUUUGGGCAGUCAUCAGCAAAAGGCCACCCGAAGCAAGAGGAAGACAAGGAGCAUUGAGAAUGGGGAGGCCUUUCACAUUGGACAGAUGCAUUACAACUGCAGCGAAUGUGGAAAGGCCUUUAACCGCAAAGACACACUUGUCCAGCACCAGAGAAUCCACACUGGAGAAAAGCCUUAUGAGUGUGGUGAGUGUGGCAAGGCAUUCAGCCGCAAAGCCACACUUGUGCAGCACCAGAGAAUCCACACGGGAGAGAGGCCUUACGAGUGCAAUGAGUGUGGGAAAUCUUUUAGCCGCAAAGACAAUCUUACUCAGCACAAAAGAAUUCACACUGGAGAAAUGCCUUAUAAGUGUGGCGAAUGUGGAAAAUACUUUAGCCAUCACUCCAAUCUAAUUGUACACCAGAGAGUUCACAAUGGAGUGAGGCCUUAUAAGUGCAACGAUUGUGGGAAAGUCUUCAGACACAAAUCCACACUUGUUCAGCAUGAGAGCAUCCAUACUGGAGAAAAUCCUUACGUUUGCAAUGACUGUGGGAAAUCCUUUGGCCACAAAUAUACCCUCAUUAAACACCAGAGAAUUCACACCGAGGCAAAGCCUUUUGAGUGCAUUGAAUGUGGGAAAUUUUUUAGUCGAAGCUCUGACUUUAUUGCACACCAGAGAGUUCACACGGGUGAAAGGCCUUUUGUAUGCAGCAAAUGUGGGAAAGAUUUCAUCAGAACCUCUCACCUUGUUCGGCACCAAAAAGUUCACACUGGAGAAAGGCCAUAUGAGUGCAAUGAAUGUGGGAAAGCCUAUAGCUUAAGCUCCCACCUUAUUCGGCACCAGAAAAUUCACAUUGCAGGAAGGCUUUAGGAGUGCUUUCAAUACAACAGGACUCAUGGAAAGGAGCUCUUUGAUUACCCUUUAAGAGAGAGACAUCAAUUAGACGUUCAGUUUCAUAUAUACAUUAACAUUGGGGAGACACCUUAUGAAUGCCAGGUACAUGGGAACUUUUUAGGGGCUGUAUUGCACUUUCACAUCUGCUCAGGUUCCUUGCCAGAUUUCUGUGUCAAUGCCUGGCUGAAACCAUCUCAGCUGUACCAGCUUACUUACCUUAAUAUUCUCAGAGAACACAGAAUUUUGUACUCUCCAAUCCCUGGAGGGAAUUAUAACAAACCUGAGUUAAAUGGAGGUCCUUGUUCCCUCCCCACUGACUGGUAGAGGUGUGGACAUGACCCAUCUUUAGCAAGAGGACCUAAGUUGUGUUCUGGUAGCAAAAAAGGUUAACUUUCUCCGUGAACAUUGUUCAUCUCCUGUGAUAGUUAUGACAGUUUUUUUCCAGCCUCCCGUCACACAGCCUGAAGAACUACUUGCGUUGUGUUGCUCUGGUUUGUGUGAUAAUAAAGACAUUAUUUAAGCUACCUUUAAUCAUGGA